CUGCCAAGUAGCUGUAUACUGUAGAGUUACUGUUUUUCCCUUUGUAAUUAGUAAGUAUCUUAUAGGGAGAUACUUUGAGACCAUGUAAAUACCCUAUUCUUGAUCAAACUUUCAUCUGAUAGUUUUUGCAUCCAGGAUGGUCCCUGCCUAAGAUACUACUAUGGUGGUUGCAAAAUGGGCUGUUGCCAACACUUGGCUCCAACAAACACCCAAACCAUGUGUGUCUGUUCCAAAUGGCAGUAACUGCCUUCUCUGUCUCUCUGUGCCCACAGCCAGUCCCACGGAACCGAGGUCCUCACCGUCCCCACCGCCUAGCCCCACAGACCCGGAGAGGAGCUCCCAGGAGCCCUUGAUCCUGGCACUGGAGGGCAGCAAGGAGAACCAGCAGCCGGAGGGACGCUCCAGCUCCUCGCUGGGGGGGAAGAUGUACUCAGGCAGCCAGACCACAGGGGGCAUCCAGGAGAUUGUGGCCAUGUCCCCCGAGCUGGACACAUACUCCAUCACCAAGAGAGUCAAAGAGGUCCUCACGGACAACAACCUAGGGCAGAGGCUGUUCGGGGAGAGCAUCCUGGGGCUGACACAGGGCUCCGUGUCUGACCUGCUGUCCCGCCCCAAACCUUGGCAUAAGCUGAGCCUAAAGGGACGGGAGCCCUUUGUGCGCAUGCAGCUGUGGCUCAACGACCCCCAGAAUGUGGAGAAGCUGAGGGACAUGAAGAAGCUGGAGAAGAAAGCCUACCUCAAGCGCAGGUACGGCCUCAUCGGCACCAGCUCAGACAGCGAGUCCCCAGCCACCCGCUCGGAGUGCCCCAGCCCCUGCCUGCAGCCCCAGGACCUGAGCCUCCUGCAAAUCAAGAAGCCGCGAGUGGUGCUGGCGCCCGAGGAGAAGGAGGCGCUGAGGAAGGCCUACCAGCUGGAGCCCUACCCCUCCCAGCAGACCAUCGAACUCCUCUCCUUCCAGCUCAACCUCAAGACCAACACCGUCAUCAACUGGUUUCACAACUACAGGUCCCGGAUGCGCCGGGAGAUGUUGGUGGAGGGGACCCAAGACGAACCAGACCUUGACCCCAGUGGGGGUCCUGGCAUCCUACCACCAGGCCACUCCCACCCAGACCCUACCCCGCAGAGCCCCGACUCUGAGGCUGAGGACCAGAAGCCUACCGUGAAGGAACUGGAGCUUCAGGAAGGCUCCGAGGAGAGCAUCACACCCCCGACCAGCCAGGACAAGGCCCAGGUGAGGAUUAAGCAGGAACAGACUGAGGAGGAUGCAGAGGAAGAGGCGGGCAACCAGCUCCAGGACUCAGGGGAGCCAGACAAAGGCCAAGGUUCCCCCAAAGAGGCGCAUCCUGACCAUCCGGGUAACGACAGACUCUCUAAAGUGGCCCCGGGGCUCCUCCUUCCAGGCGGGACCACUCCAGACUGUCCCUCACUACAGCCCCCCCAGGAGAACGAGGGUGGGGAGCGGCUCCACCCGGACCCUCUAAGUUUUAAGUCGGUCUCAGAGUCCUCGCGCUGCAGCCUGGAGGUGUCCCUGAACUCACCCUCGGCUGCCUCCUCGCCGGGCCUCAUGAUGUCUGUGUCACCCGUCCCCUCCUCCUCAGCCCCCAUCUCCCCGUCCCCACCCGGCGCCCCUCCUGCCAAAGUGCCGAGUGCCAGCCCCAUCGCCGACACAGCUGGGGCUUUGCACCCCAGCGCCAAGGUGAACCCCAACCUGCAGCGGAGACACGAGAAAAUGGCCAACCUGAACAGCAUCAUCUACCGGCUGGAGAGGGCUGCCAAUCGGGAGGAGGCCCUGGAGUGGGAGUUCUGAAGGCAGGGGCACAAGGGCAAGGGGCAUCCCAGGGGGCCAGCUCUCCCCCUCUCACUCACUCUCCCAGACGGGGUGGGGGAAGGAAGGAAGGAACUCAACCAUCCAGAUGUGGACAGCAGCGUUAUGCAGUUUACGUUCUUUGUUGUAAUCCUAGUUCUAUGACGUUGUGAGUGAGCAGGCGGGCCAAGUGCCACUGCCUCUUCUUUGGGGCACCCCUUGCCCCCACCCCCCCCCCGGGAGCAUCCUCUUCUCCACCCCGGCCUCUCUGCAGGAGGCGGAAGCGACGUGGCACCGCAUUUUCACCUGGAAACUCCAAACUCUUUUAGAAAAAUAAAUAUUUAUAGACCUCUUUUAGAUAUUUUAAUAAAGGAUCCUUUGGAAUUUAUUCCCAGCCAAUGCUGUUUUGAUAUUACAGAGAGUUAUAAAAUCAGGAUGCGAAGUAUACACUGAAGUUGUGUCGUUUUUGCCACUAGAUGAGAUUAAAAGAAGACAAUUGUUCAAAGCCAUCACAAAACACUAUAAGACUGACCAAAAUUUAGAUAACCCUUGAACUGCGGUUUUUUUUUUCCAUAUCUGUCUGUGAGACACAGCACACUGCUACUGCCCUUCCGGAAACCGUGCUGAAAAGAAAAAGUCCAAAAGACUCUAAAUGAAAACCUCGACACCAUUGAGGAUGUGUUUCAUUCUGGUGGUCUGUUUUGCAACCUUGAUAACACAGAACGUCCCGCGCCGUUGUCACAGCGUUGUAGGGGUGUGGGCUGCGGCCAGCCAUCCUCCCCAAGACGUGACACAAAACUGCUUCCGGGCCCGCUCGUCAGAUACCUGGGGGCCGCCGAGGUUGGACACCCAGCCUGUCCGUCUGUAGACCAGAUGUGUUUCUGGGUCCUUCGGAAAGCCAGGCGAGGGGUCAGGGGAUUGGAGGGCGGCACUCGAGCCAGAGUGACCCCGUUCCCCCACCUGAAUCGUGGCCACGGCCCAGGAAGUUUCCCACUGGCUUUCCGGAGCAGGACUGCGGCCGCCAUCUCCCCCUCCCUGUGUUCUAAGAAAAUAACAGCGUUGGUCAUCCCACGAGUACGCCGCACCAAAAAGUAGAUUCCUCCAAUUUCUUAGAGACCCCAGCUCCCUUUCUUGCCAUCUUCUCUCUCAAGUUGACCCAGGUGCUGUUUCUGGAAGGCAUCUGCAACUCCCAAGCCCACACAGAACAAAGUGAGAGGGUUGAGUGCACCUCAGCAUGACCACCGUAUCCCAAUCUCUAAGUCUGCCCCCCUGCCUUCCAACACACGACCUUCCGGGGAGCAAAGACUCAAUCCCCCCAACUCAGAGAAGCCCUUCCUUUAGCAUCUUCGUCGUCAGGGUUUCUGGUGGGAGAGUUCCCAGUUUGGACGGAAGAGCCACCAUAUUGGUUUUUGACUCUCUCUCUUCUGUUUUUAUUUCUUCUCCUUUCUCAAACUCUCUGUGGGAAGGCUGAAUUGGUGACUCCCCAGCUGAAUCCAGAAUGACGAUGAAAAGGUGGCCUUAAUCGGUGCCAGUCUAGUGCCGGGGGAGGUAGCUGAGGGCUUUCAAGGAUGCAGCAAGCAUUUUGAAACCAGGCCGGCAAAAUCCAGUGACCAGAAGGGGACAAUUGAGGGCUGUUCCAGAAAUCUCAACUCUCAUGCACCCAGGCCAGGCUGCAGUCUCCACAAUCAACGAAGAACAACACAAACCCUGCAGGAAAACAUCCUUUUCCACACACCCAGGCUAUGCAUUGAAGAGUUUUCCACUGUAUACAUUUUUAUCCAGAUGAAGGUAUUUUUAUAUUUUGACAAUAGGAAACAGUGACCAAUUUUCAGAGUAAGCAAAUCUGGAACAAACGAAACAUCUCCUUUUAGCCACCACCGCCCGGUCGCAAUUAAGACAACCGUGAGGGAACACACCACUUUCUACUGUUGAAACCCACACAACAUUGAAAUCCAGGCUCACCCGCAGACUACAGAUCUUAGAGGACUAAAUCUGGCUUUUGUGUGACGGGAUUUGAUUAAGCACUUAGCAUAUAGUCUUUUGAACACGGAAAUCCUGUUGUACUUAAAGCUAGCAGACCCAUGAACAACUUUGUCAGGUUCACGUCCUAUAACGGUAAAAACAAAACAAAAACCCACAAAACCGUUUCUAUAAGAGAUUGAUGAACUUUGUUUAAAAUUUUAAAAAGAACACGUUCUGUAAACGCGUCGCUCAAUACAGAAUUGUAUAAUAAUG